AUGGUGCGAGUCUGCUGCUCCAGAAGGUCGGAUCAGGACACCACAGGGUCAGAUGGCUGUGGGAUCAGGGUUCGGAACUUGGUUCUGGGCGUCCUCAUGGGUCCUGCGGGAAGCCAUUGGUUUUGCCCUGGUCCUGCCAGCUCAGCUUCGGACGCCGGGACAUUUGAAGGAUCCUCAGACCUGUGCGAACAGGAAUGGCGCCCACUCACCCUGAAAGAGAUUGUGGAGGCAGCCUCAGGGGCUGUCAGGUGCCAAGCCAGGCUGUUUGAAAGGCCUACUUUGGUGCACCAGGAUUUUGUUCCAGUUAUACCAAGAAAAGUGGCUAAAACGCUAAGCUCAGUAAACAGUCAGUACCGUUUUGGAAGUUAUGUUUUGUGGAAAUACCUGGAGUGCUUUCUUUGGGAAAAGUUUGUUGAAUGGUCACUGCAGGCACUGGAGAUGUUUUAUUUACAAACAGAGCUCUUUAGAAAUCAAGUGACUGUGACAGGAGAAUCAGGCUCAGGGAAAUCAACCUUCAUCAAUGCCAUGAGGGGCCUUCGGAGCGAUGAUGAGGGAGCUGCUGAAACUGGUAACAUUGAAACAACAAUGGAGCCAAUUGGGUACAAAGAUCUCAAAAUGUCAAAUGUCCGUUUCUGGGAUCUGCCGGGAAUUGGAACAACAAGAUUCCCAGCAGAUAAAUAUCUGAGGGAAAUGAACUUUGAGACGUACAAUUUCUUCAUCAUUAUCUCACACUGCCGGUUCAGAGAAAAUGAUGCAGAACUUGCCAAAGAAAUUAGACGGCUUGGGAAGAAAUUCUACUUUGUUCGAUCUAAAAUUGAUAAUGAUAUCAAAUCAGUGAGAAAUCAUUGCACAAUAUUUAAUGAAAAGGAGGAACUGGCGAAGAUCAAGAAUGACUGUGUCAAAAAUUUACAACAGGCAGGGAUCCCAUCACCCAGUGUUUUCCUGAUAUCAAAUUUUGAUCAGUGCCUUUAUGAUUUUAAUCUGUUAAAACAUUACAUUAUAAUGGACAAUUUAUCCCACGGAUCUGUUUCCCCAUUUAAUUAGAUCAUGGCUGAUCUGCGUUUAUUUUUAUCUAUUCCUGUUGGUUCUGUAACCCUUCAAACUCUUACUAAACAAAACCUAAUUUCAAUUUUGAUAGUUUCAGUUGACCCCCAGCUUGAAUAAUGUUAUGGUAUGAGGGGAGUGGCCGGAGUUCUACAAUUCCACUUCCCCUUGUUUAAGCAAGUGCUUCUUGACCUCAACCCUGUUGGACAAAGACUAAUUUUAUGUUGAUGCACCUCUCUUUCGACUGUCUCACCAGAACAGUAAUUUCCUUUUAUCCAGCCUUUCAAAUCCUUGAUUCAUCCUUUAUUUAGAUGGGGAGAUGGGGAUAUUGUGGUAAUAACAAAGGAUAAGUAAUCCAAAACCCCAAGUUAAUCUUUGGGGACUUGGGUUCAAAUCCCAUGAUGGCAGAUGGUGAAUUUUGAAUGCAAAAUGAACUUUAAAGGUAGCUUAAUGGUAACUGUGCAACUACUGUUGAUUGUUGGAGAAAACGCAUCCAGCUCACUACUGUCCUUUCCUGAUCUGGCCCAGAUGAGACUCCACACACACGGCAAUUUGGCAUUAAACUGUCCUCCAGGCAAAUUUGGGCAAUAAAGGCUGACUGAGCUAGCGAUGCCAAUAUCCUGUGAAUGAAUGUGAAAAAUUUGAGAAAUAAACUAGCAAGGCUGUAUUGGGAAUGGUACUGAGUAUAUUGUUCUUGCAGAGGGCCAUCACAGACUCAACAGGCUGGAUGGCCUGUUCCUGUGUCAUAACCAUUCAAGGUCAACUAGAUCACCUGUUAGUUUUCUUUUAAUUCAAGGAAACACAGGUCUAUGUUAUAUUAUCCUCAGAGCUCAAUCUCUUUUUCUGCCAUGGUAUCUUUCCACUGAAUCCCACCAACCCACUCCUGAGGUAUAGGACAUAGAACUGUUGGCAGUUUAUCCAGCUCAGGUCUGAUCAGAGCUCUGCAUGAUUGAAGUAAACUUAAAAUCCUGUUGACAUAAAGACAAAAAUUUGAUUAGUCUUUUUUUUGUACCUGUCCACUGACUGUAGGAGAGAAUCUUACAGAGAUGAUAAUCUUUCAGGAGACAACAGAGUUUGAGGCAUGUGGCAAUUUUAUUGACAUAGUCCGCCUCGAUGUGAGGGUUCAAUUACCAUCUUGAUCUGCAGCUCAGAUCAGAAGAAACUGACACUCUAAUUUCAAUUUCAAGUAAAAUGUCUUUUAUAUAUUUUUCUUGAAACAUUAACAUGGUGGCACACACUCUCUUCCCAUGUAUACUAUUAGUUAAUUAGAUCUGGGUCAGCUAUGAUUGGGUUUCUAGUCCAUCAUUCAAUUAGUAAUCUUGUUGCUUUAAUCUGAAUGGCCCCUUUUGCUAUGUGGGAAACUGAACUUUCCAUGGCUGCUUGUAACUUUUUCUGUCUCAACUAGAACAGAUAAGGAAGGCCCCUUACAAUUAGUUUUAAACCUUUCUUUCUAAUAUUUUAGUGAUUAGUGUGUCUGUAAAAACUAUAUAUAUCCUUCUAUAACACCUUGAAAUCUAUAUCUAUGAUUACCUUAAGAAUCUUAAUUAAAACCUAUUUGUAGUAUUAUAACUGAUUGAAUAGAAAAAGACUUAAAUAACUAAUUGGUAUGAAAUGUUCUUA